UACGGAAGGGGCGGGCUGCAGGGGAUAGGUCAAAGGCUUCCCAAGAUGGCUGCGCCCCAGGCGGGAGGCUUCCGAGAACGCUGAUGGCGGGGGCGACGUGGAGAGGAGUGUGCUUGUGGGCGCGGCGCACGGCGCCGCUGUUGCCAGGGCGCGCUGGCCCGUUGCCAAGGACGCGCUGGACCGCGACUGGGAAGUCUCGGAGCCGACGGGAGGCAGCCGAGGCCGAGGCCGAGGCGCCCGUGUUCCAGUACGUCGGCGAGCGGGCGCGGCGCGCGGACCGCAUCUUCACGUGGGGCUUCUCGUACACGGGCGCGCUGGGCCUGCCCAGCCUGGUGAAGCCCAGCGCCGACGGGCCCGCCGCCGGCCGCAAGCCCCGCGCCAUCCAGCCAGUGCCCUACCGCCUGGAGCUGGAUGCCCGGAUUUCAUCCGCCGCCUGUGGCUAUGGAUUCACGCUGCUGUCGUCCCAGACCCGGGACAUCACCAAGGUCUGGGGCAUGGGGCUUAACAAGGAUUCUCAGCUCGGGUUUCACAGGAGCCAAAGAGGGGAUUGGCCAAGUUGGUAUCUGAGCUCCUUCCAGCAUGAACGUCGAUCUCAGUGUAGGAGAGGCAGGGGAUAUGAGUAUGUCUUGGAGCCAUCGCCGGUGCCGUUGCCUCUGGACAGACCGCAGGAGACCCGGGUUCUGCAGGUGGCCUGUGGAAGAGCCCACUCCCUGAUCCUGACGGACAGUGAAGGAGUCCUCAGCAUGGGCAACAAUUCCUAUGGGCAGUGUGGAAGAGCCGUGGUCACCGACGAGGUUUACAGCGAGAGUCACAAAGUGCACAGAAUGCAGGACUUCGAUGGACGCGUGGUGCAGGUUGUCUGUGGCCAAGACCACAGCCUGUUCCUAACGGAUAAAGGCGAGGUCUACUCGUGUGGAUGGGGCGCGGACGGGCAGACAGGUCUGGGUCACUAUGACAUCACCAGCAAGCCCACCAAGGUUGGUGGCGGCAUCGUCGGAGUGAAGGUAGUACAGGUCGCCACCUACGGAGACUUCUGUCUAGCCGUGUCUGCUGAGGGAGACCUCUUUGGCUGGGGCAACUCGGAGUACCUGCAGCUGGCGUCCGUCACCGAGGCCACCCAGGUGAACGUCCCCACACACUUGCCCUUCUCUGGGAUUGGGAAGGUCAGGCAGGCGGCCUGUGGUGGUACUGGCAGCGCAGUCUUAAAUGACGAAGGAAAUGUUUUUGUCUGGGGAUAUGGGAUUCUUGGGAAAGGGCCAAACCUCAUGGAAACCGCGCUCCCAGAAAUGAUCCCGCCCACCCUCUUUGGCCUGUCGGAUUUCAGCCCAGACGUCCGGGUGUCCCACAUUCGCUGUGGACUCAGCCAGUUUGCCGCACUCACCAACAAAGGAGAGCUGUUUGUGUGGGGCAAGAACAUCAGAGGUUGUCUGGGAAUCGGCCGCCUGGAAGAUCAGUACUUCCCCUGGAGGCCCCACUUUGGGCCUUGUUUUCUAGGUGACGAUGCCGGGGGAGCCAGUACAAGUGGCCUGUGGGGUGGACCACAUGGUGACUCUGGCUAAGUCGUUCAUCUAAGCCUGCCGCCUCCCCUGGCCGCGCUUCUCUCGGACACUGCUUGAGCUUCUGCCUUCUUGGCCCCGUCCCAUCAGCUUGUCAGUUGGACUCGUUGGGUUUGGGCCCCUGGAACAUUUGAGCCAUUUGCCUCUGUGCUGCCAGCCAAUGACUAGACCCUCAGCAGGGGAAUCCUUCUGGCCAGGGUCUGUUAGUCGUGUGUGUGUGUGUGUGUGUGUGUGUGUGUGUGUGUGUGUGUGUGUGUGUGUGUAGUUGUGGUGGGGGCGAGGACACAGCCCCCACCUUCCUUUCUCUCAGGGUCGCAUUUACGGCUAGCCCCUUCCAUGCUGAGGGCCGUAAGUCCAGACCCCCAGUCUGGGCUUUGUGCGUCCCUCCCUGGCCACAGCGCCCACAAGAACCCUGCGGGGAUGGAGAGGGAGCAGGGCCCUGGUGCCUGCUCUCCCCAUUCAUAUGUUAUCUUAUCAAACAAAUAAAAUGACAGCUUUCUCUGGGAGCAGCCGCUGGCCAGCCGAGCAGAAACUGGCCAGGGGUGGGGAAGGCGCGGCCUUUGGACCUUCAGAGUGUGUUUGAUCAGUAAGAGAUGACCCAGCAGAAUUCAUGGUUGACUUGGGGUUUCCACGGCCCCUGCUGAUGGGUUUGGGGUGCCAGAGCCGCACUGUCCUCGGCUUUUACUUAAUUGUGUCUGACCUGGCAUCCCUAGGGCCAGUCCAGACCUAGCUCUGGGUGGCCAGCCUGGACCCCUCCUGUGCUGCCUUAUCCUGCAGAGAAAGGGAGAGGGAGAGAGACAGAGAGAGAGUGCGAGAGUGCUUCAGACCCUACUGUCUGUUGGGAACGUCACAGAAUCACAGACAGGGCUCUGAAGGGGAAGCUGGCUCUUGAUACUGCUCUUGGGAGCCCAGUUAAGUGGCCCCCCAGGAGGACAACCACCUCUAUUCCAAUGCUGGGGAGCGGGGGCAUGAGCCCACCAAAUCCCGUUGGGCCAAAGGUUUCAAGUGUAGUCAGCCUUGCCCUGGAGGAGAAAAAUCAACCCAGAAGUGACUUUUUGGAAAGAAUUUCACUGAAUGUGCCUGUAAAGAAGCCCUUUCUUUUAUUCACUUUCAAAUAAAGCAAAAUGUGUUUUCUGUUA